AUGUUGCAAACACACCAUAAGAAAAAGACCAAAAAGAAGGACAAAAAGAAAGCCGUUGAAACUGAGAGCGAGGGCAAUGUUGUUACGCUUGCAGAAGAACAGCUGGAGGACACUACACCCAGAGUGCUGAAACCGUCCGUCGAGGCGCAAUCUGGAGAGGUGUCAAAGGAAGAGCAUAAUGCUGAACGUGAGGAAAAGCAGGAAAAGCCUAAGGAAGCUAACAUCAAAGAAGAGUCUGAGGAUCUUGAACCGAAAUCAACAGCCUCAAAUAACUUGACUUCCGUAAAACCUGCGGCUUCUGAAUCCAAGGCCCAAGACGUGGAAACAGAACCACAGGUGAAAGAGGAAAAAAGUGCCUCUGCAUCAAAAGCAUCCGGAAAGCAGGCCGAAGUGGAAACACCGAAUGAAGCGCCAUCUGCCUCAGCAGACGAAAAGACCGUCUAUCUUUAUGUGUCUAUGAGCACUGGUGGUAGGGGAGCAAUGUCGAAUUUCAAUCGGGCGUCUACUAUUCUCAAGAGCUACAAUAUCGACUUCAUCCCUGUCGAAAUUACUAUGGACGAGACAGCUAAACGACUAUGGAAAUAUCAAGGCAUUGCCAAGAAUAAAAAACUGCCGGCUGUGGUUCGUGACAGGGAAAUCAAACUCGAUUUCGACGCUUUAAUCGAAGCCAACGAGUUUGAGGAAGUCGAAGAACUCAUCUUCGACGAUAUAUAA